AUGACUCCUCUAUGUUGGUAUGAUUCUGGAGAUAACAUUGUACUUGGACCAGAAACUGUACAACAGAAGACUAAGAAAGUAAAAGUAAUUCAAGAGAAGAUGAAGGCAUCUCAAAGUAAGAGGAAGAGACACCAUAACAAGAAGAUAAAGGAUCUUGAAUUUCAGAAUGACAAUCACGUUUUUCUGAGAGUCAUUCCAGUGACUGAUGUUGGAAGAGCCUUGAAGUCUAAGAAGUUCACUGGUCGCUUUAUUGGACUGUAUCAGAUUACUCAGAGGCUUGAAGCAGUUGAUUAUCAUGUGACCUUACCCCCAUUUCUUUUGAACCUGCAUGCUUUUUUCCAUGUGUCACAACUUCGAAAGUAUGUUCAUGAUCGUUCGCAUGUAAUACACAUGGACAAUAUGCAUGUUCGUGACAACCUGACUGUUGAAACAACUCUUGUUUGGAUCACGGAUCGAGAAGUUAAGCAGCUGCGAGGGAAAAAGAUUACUCUAGUGAAGGUCAUUUGGGGAGGACCUGCUGGAGGUAGCAUGACUUGGGAGCUGGAGAGCAUGAUGAAGGAAUCAUACCCAGAGUUAUUUUCGCCAUGUAAUUUUUGA